UUAGGCAUCAUGGCGGGGUCUGCGAUGUGCAGGAGAGGCUGUCAGGCUGUUGUUAAUAGUGGAGCCUCUGGCAGGAAGUCUCAGAGGAGUGGAAGGGACCAAUCGGCGGCAGAGAUGGGGGCCUUGCCAAUCCAUGUCACUUGGUACUCGACCAGAUUCAGUAGCAUUUGUAAGACGCAGAGAUCUGUACCAAUCUGGAAGCUCAACUAGAGGAAUGUCUAGUGCGGAACAGAAGCUGGGGAGAUCCUCUGGAACUCGCAGGUAGGCUGUGCGCCCCUGAGCUUGAGCCGAGAGACAGAAUGGAAAUCGCCACCUGUAUGGUAUGUGAUGAGAGCGAAGUGUGUCCAGCAGGGGGCAAAGUUCUCGCCUUUGUUGCAAGGUUAUGGAG